CACUGCUUUACUGGAUGUUGUUGCUGGUUAAAUACUAUCACAGACAGAACUUUGAAAAGAAAUCCAAAUAAAAAAGCCCCUGUUCUGGCUAAGCUCAUGACUCUGAAGGAAGUUAACAGUGUUUUUUCAGAUGGCUACAGAAACCCUGCAUUUGAGGAUAAUAUCAAAGAAGAUGACAUUACAAACAAGAAACUUAGAAACAGGAACUUAGAUAAAAGUGAUUUAACACCUCCUAACCAGUAUGAUACAAACAUCAUUAUUGCGAGUGAUCAUCAUAUGAACCCUGAAUCAGGAAAAAAUGAAAGAACUGGGUGCAAAGGGUAUCUGGAAAAAAGAUAUGAUGCCAUCAUUAAUUUUUACAGAAAACAUAAAACCAGGAUUCGAUAUAUGAUUUAUGGAAUAUUAAUAGCAGCUUAUCUGGCAAUGGUAAUUGCGGCCUGUACCUUGAAUUUUCACAGAGCCAUGGCCCUCUUUGUCCUCACUAUCCUGGGAAUCUUUUUCAUCUGCUGGGACUUUUUGAUGGACAGAUAUGAGGACAGAAUUACAGAAUUUUUUUCCCCUUGUGGAAGGCUUCUAAAAGCACACUGGUUUUGGCUAAAAUGGGUGGUUUGGAUAGCUGUUGGCACUGGCCUUGUGUGCUGGCUUAUCUUUGACACUGCCAAACAAGGAACCAAUCAGCUCAUCUCCUUUGGUGGACUUGUGAUGUAUGUUUUCUUGAUGCUAGUCUUCUCCAAACACCCAACUAAAGUUGUGUGGAGGCCAGUCAUCUGGGGAAUAGGACUGCAGUUUGUUCUUGGACUACUUACCUUGAGGACAAAGUUUGGAUUUGAUGCUUUUAAUUGGCUUGGUGGCCAAAUGCAGACUUUCUUGGAAUACACUGAUGCUGGUGCUAAGUUCGUAUUUGGUGAAAAGUAUACUGAUCAUUUUUUUGCCUUCAAGGUACUGCCUAUAGUAGUUUUCUUCAGCACGGUGAUGUCUAUGCUGUACCACAUUGGAUUCAUGCAAUGGCUUAUUAAAAAGGUGGGAUGGAUAAUGCAAAUUACUCUUGGAACAACUCCAGUUGAAUCUCUAGUGGCAGCUGGCAACAUAUUUGUGGGACAGACUGAAUCUCCUCUUCUGGUGAAGCCUUAUCUGCCACAUGUCACCAAGUCUGAACUCCAUGCUAUCAUGACAGCAGGGUUUUCUACCAUUGCUGGCAGUGUCUUAGGAGCAUAUAUUUCUUUUGGGGUUUCAGCUUCCCAUCUAUUAACUGCUUCUGUGAUGUCAGCACCAGCAGCUUUGGCUAUCUCCAAACUCUUUUGGCCUGAGACUGAACGUCCCCAGAUAACUGCACAGCGGGGAACAAAAAUGGAGAAAGGAGACUCAAAAAACCUUUUGGAAGCUGCCAGCCAAGGUGCCUCUGCCUCCAUACCCCUGGUGGCAAACAUUGCUGCAAACCUGAUUGCCUUCCUUGCCUUAUUGUCUUUCUUUAAUGCAGCCCUGUCUUGGCUGGGGAACAUGUUUGACUACCCUCAACUGAGUUUUGAGAUCAUUUGUUCCUAUGUCUUCAUGCCAUUUUCUUUCAUGAUGGGUGUAGACUGGGAAGACAGUUUUAUUGUCGGUGGACUCCUAGGUUACAAGACUUUCUUCAAUGAAUUUGUGGCUUAUGAACGUCUUGCAGAAUUUAUCCAGCACAGGAAGGAAGGGGGAGAAAUGUACAGAAAUGGCAUAAAACAAUAUAUGAGCAUCCGAUCUGAAACUAUUGCCACCUAUGCCCUCUGUGGAUUUGCAAACUUUGGCUCCUUGGGAUUGGUAAUUGGCGGUCUAACAUCCAUGGCUCCCUCCAGGAAAAGAGACAUUGCAGGAAGCGCCUUCAGAGCCAUGAUUGCCGGUACUGUGGCCUGCUUCAUGACUGCUUGCAUAGCAGGAAUAUUAUCUGUUGCAAUAGAUCCAUGCUAUGAUGUAUUAGGAAGCAGCUUCAACACCACUACAAACAGCACAGAAAAAGUUACAUGCUGCCUAAAUCUGUUUAACAGUGUCCGUGUACACAGUCAUACAGAAAUCUUCCUAAAAGGAAACCAUACCUUGAAAUCCUUAGCAGGAUGUUGUAAGCUACUGGACCCACCCACAUUUAACUGCAGUUGGACUUCUUCAUUUUAAACAGAGGCACUUUUAUAUAAGAGACAAGCACAGGAUUUCACUUGAUUGCUGUACUGGUGGAAAGACAAAAUGGCAGCAGAGUUACCUUACUGCUCCAAAUGAGACUAAUCUUGUUUUCAGUUUAAGCUAGCAGAGUUAUGCAAGUUCUUCGGCUUCUUUGAAAUUAUUGGGUAAGUAGCUAGGUUCCUUAACUCUUAAUGAGCUCUUGUGUCAUAUCAAGGAUAGGUAAUUAUGAAGGACAUGUAAAGCAGUUUCAAAUAUUUAUUUAAAGUUGUUGCUGCCUACUCAUAAUCUGAUGCCUCUUCUACCAAGAGAUGCCUUAAAAAUAUGAUUCUAUUUGAGCUCUAUUGAAAGAAAAAUGUUCUUAUAAUACGCCUUCUCAGAACUGUCCAUUUUAUUCCCUGGGACUACUUUCAAAGAAGUAGGCUAAAGAUUACAGCUGUACCUGUUUUCAGUUUUAACAAAGCACUUACGGAUUUGUCAUUACAGGAAUUAAAAUAUAAUUUUAACAUGUAUAAUCCAGCCAAACCUAUCCCAAUGUGACAUAAUGUAUAGCUAGAACUAGGCAUUCAACAGUGUUUUUAAAGCUCUUUUAUUUUGGUGAGAAAACACUGUGACAUUUAUUGUGGUUCUUAGCCAGAUCAUAAAUUAUGAAGAGGGACCAAGAUCCUUAUAAAACCACAUUCUGAGGGCCAGCCUAUCUGAUUUGUCAUCUAUCUACCUUCCCAGAAGAGCUCAGGGUGGCAUACAUGGUUCUCAUGUCCUCAUUUUAUCCUCACAACAGACCUCUGAAGUAGGUUAAGCUGGGUGGCCCAAGUUCACCCAUGGCUGAGUUGGGGGGCAGGGUUGAACAUAAUUCCAUGUAACUGUCCCCUGAUUUUAAUUUAAAGCAGCUGCUAAAAAUUGCAGUCAUGACAUGAAUAAAUGUGUGAGGGGGCAAACCAAGGGGACUUGGAGAUUUAAAAGUUCCAGUAACCAAAAGGUCAAGCACUACUCCACUCACACCUUCCUGCACUCCUGACUGCUGGACUCUGUUACACAGAUCAUGUAAUGUGUAGUUUCAUCCCAAUAUAACAUUUGCCUGGAUCUCAGUAUGCUAUCUGUGAGAAAAACUGAGUUGACAAAAUAUUGCCGUAUGAGAGAAAAUAAAUAUCCUCAAUAGCAGUACAACAUGUGUUGAUGUAGGUGUGAAAAAAAUGGUAAAGUGCAUCUUUGCAACUACAAAUGAUCAUGUAGAAAAGACCAGAGUGGUUUUUCUUUAGUAAGACCUCAUUAGGAGAGCAAAAAAAAUUCAUUAUGUCUUGUCAUUCCAAUAAAUGGAAAAUAUUAAGAUUAAAUUAUCCAAUUAUUUGUUUCUAUUCUUAAUAAAGAUAUCAUAUGUUGUGAAGUUCAAAGAUAUUUUGACUGACUUUUUAAUGUUGUCUCUUAGCAUUUUGCUCCAAGCCAUAAUGGUUCCCAGUUCUUAAUAAAGACAUGAUAUUAGAAGCUAAAGACUAGACUAGGAAAUAUUUUAGCAACUGAGAAGUUAAGAGAUCUUUCUUAGUCAACAACUCUUAUUACCCAUGUUCGGAAAUACUGAAACAGAUCCACCAAAAGACACUACAAUAGCAUAGGCGAGUGAAUGAAUACAAACUUGCAACAUAGAGCAAAUGUGAAAGAACAAUGAAAAUAAAAAUCUGUGCUUCUUGCA